AUGUCUUUAACAGAUCAUCAAACUGCCAUUGAAUUACACAAAUCUUCCGUGGAAUUAGAAACUCAACUUCGUUCUCUUUCAAAACACAAAUCUCCUUUUGACAAACAGAUUGCAACCUUACGUUCAAAGUUAAGAGACACAUUUGUGAAUAUAAUCUUCCUUGAUUAUGAAUUUGCUCAAUCUAGAGAAGUCGAGGCAAACUUGUGGAAAUAUGUUUAUUACAAGGCUAUUGAGGAUUUCAGAAAGAAACUUCGUGCAGAAACCACAUCUGGUGGAAAAAAUAAACUACCUCCUCGAAGGCUUACUACUGCAUUCCGGUCCUUUUUAUAUGAAGCAACAGGAUUUUAUUAUUUUUUUAUACAAAGACUUGCAAUUCAUUUUGAAUUAAGGCAAUUGUAUCCACUUAUCAAAAAAUACGGAUUGACCAUAGAUUAUAGUGAAGUAUCACCACAAUUAUACUCUGAUGAUAUUAAAAAACGAGCUAUAAUUAGCUGCCAUAAAAGUUUGAUUUUUCUUGGUGAUUUGGGUAAGCAAUUUUUAACUCGUAAAAAUUGGUCGACUGCUUGCGAUUAUUAUACUCAUGCAAGAUAUUUGAUUCCUGAAAGUGGUAAUCCUCAUAAUCAAUUAGCAGUUAUUGCUAAUUAUGAAUCUGAUAAUUUUUCAGCAGUUUAUCAUUAUUAUCGAAGUCUCGCUGUUAAGCACCCAUUUAUGACCGCUAAAGAUAAUAUUAGUUUAUUAUUCAACAAAGCAAUGAAAUCUACCAAUGACCAAUCUGACAUUUCAACGAAUGAAAGUAAUCAUCAUCAAGAGUACAACGGUUAUGAUAAUGGAAGGGGUGGAAUUGGUGGUGGCAGACGACGUUUCUCUAAUCAACGUCAAUCAGCCUCUUCAUUCACUUACUUGAACAAACCAAAAAUUAGCGAAAUUCUUAAUCCGUUCUUUAAUGAUUUUAUUAAGUUGCAUAGUGUUUUAUACUUGAGAGAUCAAUUGGAAUUAUAUCCCGAUUUGAAGAUGAAUAUUUUGAAUCAAUUAAAAGAGUAUAUACUUACACGUAUUUUGGAUUCUGAUCAAAUCCUUAAAAUUACAGCAAUAAACAUGUCAGCACUAUUUGUGAUUCGUUAUAUUAUAAAUGGAGAGAAUGGACAUAAUAAUGGCCCAAUAAUUACAACGGCAUACUCUCGAGUAUCUAAAAAGAUGCUUAUUGAGAAAUACGCAGUUUUAUUGGUUCUGGAUACGCUUACAACUUUAUUGGACUUGUGCGUUUCUGAACUCGAGGAAGUUUCUAAUGAAAAAUCAAAUGAAAAUUAUGAUCAUGAUCAUAUGGGCGAGAAUAUUGCGGUUCAAAUCUUACCAGCACCUGUUAAAAGAAGUUUGCCAUCUUUACGUAUUGGUACCAAAUGGAUUCUUGCCAAUCUCCAAUAUUUAUCAUCGAUGACCAAUGAUAUUUCCAAAGAUUCCGAUGUGAAAGGAGAUUUAACAAAGAUAACUAUUUUUUGGGAAAAAUAUGCUAAAUUCAUGAAUUUGCUCGAGAAAUUGUUUCCUCAUGAAAAAGGAAUUCCACUUAGUGUACCAUUGAAAGAAGAUUUUGAAAUGAAUGGAUUUUAUAUAUUGAAAAAUUAUGUUUUUAUUAAUAACGAUCAAGUGAUGACACCGAGUCAAGAUGAACCUUUUGAAGAUGUUGAGAUAAGUAAAAAAGAUCAAGUAAUGACUUCAAUUGAUCAUCAAAAUGAAUUUUUUGAAAAAUAUGAUGCACGUAUUUAUGAUGUUUUUGAUAAUUCAUGUGAACUUGCGGAAUCUGAGGUUACUGUCGUAGAAUCUCAGUUAUUAUCAUCUAAUAUUCCUAAUGGAUUGAAUCGAGAUACAGUCAACAAUAAUGAUGGGGGCAACAAUAAUACCAAGAUCAACAAUCAGAUAUGCAUAAAGAAGCGAGAGAACCUUAAACUUCGAGACGAAGACCUUGCGAAAGAAUACGGACUUGAUAGAAGUACAAUCACAAAAAUUUUAAAACAGAGAGAAAAGUGGUUGGCAAUCGACCCAAAUUCCAACUAUGCAAAACAAAAAACGCAAAAAUCACCCAAAUUCCCACAGAUUGAAGAUCAACUGGCUCAAUGGUUAGCUAGUCUUCCUAUGACACAUGGACCAGUUAGCGAUGCACAACUUCAAGAAAAGGCUUUGGAAUUUGCUCAGAUGUAUGGAAUACGUAGUGAGUUUCAAGCUUCAAAUGGUUGGAUUUCAAAAUUUAAAAAUCGUCACCCAUUCCGUCCUGGAGAGCCAAUAGCAACCCCUGAAAUAUCUUUACAAACCGUCAAUCCAACACAAUCGAUAACUGGUAAUCCCGUUUUAACACCAUCAGAGCAUUCAAAUUUCAACAAUACCAUGAAUUUAGUGAGUUUAUUUUUAUCUGAAUCAGAAAAAUUUUAUAUUAAAAAAACUCCUUCAAAAAUAAAAACUCCCAACUCAAAUUAUUCCCCAUCACCGUUAAAUACAUCAAGUCGAACAAACGGUGCAACUGGUUUAACAUUAAAUAAUGCUUCUAACUCUUCGUUCAUUGCGUUUGGGGCAUCGUCUCCUUCUCCUAUUGGGCCCUACACUCCUUCUAGGAUUUAUCCUGUUCCCACCCUAACCUCCACAAUCCUUCUUGAUAAUUCAGCCUUUAUUUUUUGUGAUUAUCAAAAUGAUGUUAUUGGAAUGUUUCAUACCACAAAUGUUCUCAAUCAAUUCUUAGCGAGAUCUAAGAACCUUUUUAAUGCAGUUCACACAGCAAAACAAAAAAAGAAACUACAUUGUAUAUCUAUUGGCCUUUCCUUUCGACCAAAUUACCCUGAAGUAUCACCCAAUAAUCGAUACUUUGAAAAUUAUAAAAACUCGGGAAGGCUUGUAGAAGGAACCAAGGGAGCCGAAUUUAUUGAUGGACUACAACCAAGAGAGCAUGAUAUCGUAAUUCAAAGACGUCGUGUAGAUGCCUUUUAUAACACCGAUCUUCAAAUGAUCCUUGAGUCGCUUAAUAUUAAACACAUCAUUUUAGCUGGAAUAUCUACAGCAGACGUCAUACUUUCAACAAGUCUAUCAGCUGCUGAUAGAGAUUUAUGUGUGACUGUUGUUAGGGAAUGUUGUUUUGAAGGAAAUGACUUGGUACAGAAUGUUUUAAUGGAUGAAAUAUUCCCAAAACAAGGUGUUAUUGUAGCUCCAUUUCAAGACAUCAUAGACACCUUAAGAUCUGCUUAA